CCCAAGUAUGCCGGUGUGCGGAUGGCCAUAUCCAAGGUGCACAAAGCACAGACCUUCCUGGGAGUCAUACCCCGAAGCUCCACUCCCCACAUCCAAAUAGUGCUGAUCGACGACGAGGCGGGAGCGCAGACUGGCACCGCUGCGGAGCAGAUGGCUGCAGACAUCAUGGAGGAUAUAGCACAGCACGGUGAAGCACUUGGCAUUUCAAGUGGCAAAAUGGAGGUGGCCACCGGCAGCACUUUCAGUGGGCAAGUGGGGAGCCACACAUUGAGCAGGAUCACAGCGGGGACGGUCUUGGGGCUACUCUUUGGUCUCCUGUUGCUUGGAGGGAUCUUCUUUCUUUACAGAAACGGAAAACUAAGGCUGCCUGCCCUGCGCCUCCCCCGGCCUUGGGACAGAGCAGAGGACCCGGUGUCCCUUGUGCCAGCCAGUGACAAAGGCUUUGACAACCCCAUGUUCGACAUGGAGCCACCAAGCACUGAUGCUGGAGAGGAGAUGCCGCAGGAGAUGGUUCCCAAAGACCAUCAGGUCUUCUACCUCAAUCCUCUGUAUGAUGCAAGCGAGAUGGAGACCUGA